CCUACGUGCACAAAUGCAUUAUUUAUGCGCCAGAUUCCCGAUUAGUUGUAUGACACAUCGUAAUGGGUUUUGGUGUUGGCUUCAUACUGGCAAGAUACAUACUGGUAUGGGAGCACAACAUGAAGAUUUUGCAAGUCGGUUGGUAAAUCAGAGCUGAACUUUUAAAAGUUGAAAAAGUUGCUUUUUUUUUUCCUUUCACAGCACAAUAAAGCCACUUAAAUGAUUUGCGGUAAAAGUAGAACCUUUUUCUUUUAGUCAAGUAGAACAACUGGAUAGUUGCCAUGCCAUGUUAUGGGAUGUCGGAGAGUUGGGUAUUUGGUUGAAAUUUGUCCAUCUUCUCCAUGGGCUGCAGCUGAACUUUCCUAUCAGCCAAGCUUCCCCUUUUCUUUGUUCUUUACUUGUCCCUGUCCCGGUAUUAUGCUAGUAAUUUACUUGUACGAGUCUUGUUGCUUCCUGUGCCUUCGCAUAUUCCCGUUCCUAUUUUAUGAAUUACUAACUUACCGGUAUGAUCAAUCAUGAGGAAUUGAGAUUGGUGAGUGGUGGGGAAAAAGCAGUCCAAUCAUUAGCAACCUGGAAGAGGGUGUAAUUGUCAUUUCAGAUGACCAAGUUACUAAUAUGCAGUAGGUGCCGGUAAGAAAUUUGUCUUGUCUUUCAUUAAAAUACAAGUCUUAAAAAGGAGAGCAGAGGUUUCUGGAUAAUUUGUGAGUUUUGUUUUAGAGGUGCCCAUUUGCUGUUGAUGGUGCACUCACUGCACUGCGCUUCCACAAGCCUCCAAAACCCAGAAUUAUGCUACCUUCCACAGAUUGAUGGAUACGGAUUCUUUAUUAGUAUUUUCUAUAAUACUGAUAGAUUGAAUGUCAAAGCAGUAGUACCGUUUUUCUAAAUUGUAUGUAAGUGGUGUUAGGGAUGCCAUAUUUUUGGUGGUUAGUUAAUAUUGGGUGAUGAAUACUUUUGCUGCCAACUUUCCAAUUUUAGCACUAAUGUUCUUCCAAGGUGAUUAAAAGGGCAUUAAAUUCAUUAAUCAUCUAUUGAAUUGAACCCUUUCUUGACACUCUCCAUUCUAUGAAGGAGAGGGUGUGGGAGUCAAAAGCUUGAAUCUUUACUACUAGUAUGGUGUUUGUCAAUGGGUUGGUCAUAGAUAGUUGAGAUGUACCGUUGAUGAAGCAAAGCAUUUUCAUGAGGGUUUUGUUCUGCAAGAUUCAUUGUCCAUUCAUAUGCUUCUGCAAACCUUCAGCUGCUGCUCAUCUCUAUAAUUCUGGGCCAUUGAAAUUGGAAAGUACCCUACCACAAGCCCCUUUCAGAGUUGUUUCCGUUUCUGAUAGCUCUGAUCAGUCGUCCACCGAAGCCCCUAAGAUAAAGAAAGAAGAAGACAUUCCAGACGGGAAGGAACAGGGUGAGAAUGUCCUUAAGAGCUGUAUGAAGAAGGCCCCUACAAGACCUUCCGAUCCUUUAAAAGAGGUUGAAAAGAAGAGAGUGCAAUGGAUGGAUAACUUAGGUAAAGAACUUGUUGAGAUCAAGGAAUUUGAAUCCAGUGAGACAGGGGAAAAUGAUUUUGAGGAGGAAAACAGAGGUUGUGUCUGUGUCAUCCUCUGAUGCUGCUUAGCAAACGUCAUCCUUAAACCCUCUCUUAGCCAGCUUUUUGGUGCAAUUUGGAGGGAAGGGCUGCAUCCUGCAGGAUCAACUCAAAGACGAAUGAUGAGCUUGAGUUGGUUAUUCUUGGACUAGCUUUGAAUUAAAUCAGUGAAGAACUAUGUCAUAUCUGUGUUUCAUCAUCUGAAUACAAUUUAUUUGUCUACUCCUCAAUCGUCUGUUCAUCUUAAAUCAACAUUCCAUUACUUCUCCAACUUCCGCCUGGGCGCAGUUUUCAAUUUGCAAAUGAAUGAGGAAUCUCAUUUGAGUACCCGGUUGUAUUCGCAAUUAGCCAUUCUUCCGAAAAAUCUUUCUCUGUAGUUAUGCUUGAUUCCCUUGAUGACAAUGAAUAUGGAAUCCCAGAAAGAAAUGUUCAUCUUUCUAUCUGUUAUGACUGACCUGCCUUUCUUUCUUUUGUCGAAUUGAUUCUUUAUUUUAUCCUUUCUCGUCCUUCAUGUUCCUUCUUGUUUGUCAGUUCCACAGUUGAUUGCCUGAAUAUUAAUAUGUACAACCCUAACAUUUUAUUAGUCUAGAAAAGAUGAUUGUCUCUUCAAUCAGCAAUUCAGCUUUGAAACGCAUCUCCAUGUAACCAUUCUAUUAUUCUUCUUC